AUGUUUGGGGGUAAUGGGGUUUUCUACCCUAUCGUGGGCUUUGCAUCGUGUGUGGCUUUCAUAUACUUAUCCUUUGGUGAUUUGUGGAUCAAUAUUCACAGUGAAGUACAACUUAGUUUUGUGGAGAGAAAUGGUACUCAGUUCCUUGUUGAUGGUAAGCCUUUCUAUUUUAAUGGGUGGAACUCAUAUUGGAUGAUGGACCAUGCCGUGGAUGAAUCUACCAAGUAUAGGAUCAGGACAAUACUGCAAGCUGGUGCUAGGAUGGGUCUCACUGUUUGCAGAACAUGGGCUUUUAAUGAUGGUGACUAUAAUGCCCUACAAAUUUCACCCGGUCGGUUUGAUGAGAGAGUGUUCAGAGCCUUGGAUCAUGUUAUUGCGGAGUCAAGGCGGUAUGGGGUAAGGCUAAUGCUAUGUUUAGUCAAUAACCUUCAAGCAUACGGUGGCAAAACGCAGUAUGUUAAAUGGGCAUGGGAUGAAGGUGUUGGCUUAAGUUCUUCCAAUGAUUCGUUUUUUUACGACCCAUCAAUAAGGCACUAUUUCAAGAACUAUGUCAAGACUGUUCUAACGAGGAGGAACACCAUAACUGGAGUUGAGUAUAGAGAUGAUCCAACCAUCUUUGCUUGGGAGUUAAUCAAUGAGCCCCGCUGCAUAACUGAUAAAUCUGGUGAUACUCUUCAGGAUUGGAUAGAAGAAAUGUCAACUUUUGUGAAAUCAAUCGACAAGAACCAUUUGAUAACUGUGGGACUCGAAGGAUUUUACGGACCCAAAAGUCCUAAAAGAUUAACUGUGAAUCCCGAGUUCUGGGCAUCUGAUAUCGGCACUGAUUUCAUUCGCAAUUCCAAGCUCUCAACCAUUGAUUUUGCAUCAGUUCAUAUUUACCCCGAUCACUGGACCCACAAUCCGGACUUCGAAUAUAAACUAAAAUUCGUCUCCAAGUGGAUGCUAUCCCACAUUGAGGAUGGUGAUAAGGAACUGAAAAAGCCCGUAAUGUUUACCGAAUUCGGAUUAUCCACCCUGAACAAGGAUUUCACCCCCACACAACGUGAGAAAUUCUACAAAGUGAUCCUCGAUAUAAUUUACAAAUCUGCCAUAAAAAACAGGUCGGGAGCUGGAUCUUUAGUCUGGCAGUUUCUGGUCGAGGGCAUGGAGGAAUUUAACGAUGACUUUGGGAUAGUCCCUUGGAAAAGGGCAUCGACUUACGAACUUUUUACAGAACAAUCCUGCAGGCUCGCGAGGGUUCAAGGGGCUCUUCCUACACAAUUGGACUACUUGAGAAAAUUAUGCACAAGAAGAUGGUGA